AUAGUAAUCUGCAUGAUGUCUCUAUAGGAUGGACUACAUUUCCUGAAAAAUCCCGCAAACCCUUGCGAGGAUCCACAGGAAGUAGUCGGAGACACGAGGCGUUGCGUGUGAGAGGCAUCUAGUUAUAGUUGUCCGUUCGGUGGUCAAGGAAAUGCCCAAAGCCAAGGGGAAGACCAGGAGACAGAAGUUCGGUUACAAUGUUAACCGGAAGCGGCUGAACCGGAAUGCUCGACGGAAAGCAGCGCCACGGAUCGAAUGCUCCCACAUCCGACAUGCCUGGGACCACGCCAAAUCCGUGCGGCAGAACCUGGCCGAGAUGGGGUUGGCUAUGGACCCCAACAAGGCGGUUCCCCUCCGUAAGAGAAAGGUGAAGGCCAUGGAGGUUGACAUAGAGGAGAGGCCUAAGGAGCUUGUGCGGAAGCCUUAUGUGCUAAACGACCUGGAGGCAGAAGCCAGCCUUCCAGAAAAGAAAGGAAACACCCUGUCUCGAGACCUCAUUGACUAUGUGCGCUACAUGGUGGAGAAUCAUGGGGAGGACUAUAAGGCUAUGGCCCGGGAUGAGAAGAAUUACUACCAAGAUACCCCGAAACAGAUUCGGAAUAAGAUCAACGUCUAUAAGCGUUUUUACCCAGCGGAGUGGCAAACCUUCAUUGAUUCUUUGCAGAAGAACAAGAUGGAGGUUGAAUGAUUGGCUUAUGCCUGCCCUAGGCUGAGGUCUCCUCCUGGACCAGAGAAGCUCAAAGCCAGGGUUUAAGGCAAGGAGGGGCAUGUGGCUAGAUGAGGCUGGUCAAACCUCAUGGAAUCAGAAGGUUACAUACACAUGCACAUGCAUGCACACACUCAUGCUCCCCUUUCUGAAGGGAAGGAACGGUCUCCAAGAAGCUUCUGAGUGCCCUGAGAAAAGCCAGAACCUACUGUUUUCAGAGUGGGUGGUUGGUUUACGUAUAGCCUGUACAUAAUAAAAAGACUAUUUUACUUUU